AUGGCCGCCAUGGAGGAAGAGGACCUCUCAGAGUAUUUCCGCAUGCAGUAUGGGCAGAAGCUCUUGAAGCUGCUGAUGAAAUUCCCAGCGCCGGAGGAACAAUCCCCAUCGCCGUCCAUUCGGCUGCUGGAGAAGAAGAAAGAGGCCACACUGGUGCACAGGGCUAUGGAGGCUCAGAAGGAGGCUUUCCGGACGAGGAUGGAAGCCCUGAAUAACCGAUGGGAGGAGCUCAGGGCCAAGGAGAUUCAGCUGAAGGCUUAUAUAAAGAAAUUUGAGCAGUUCAUACAGGAAAAUGACCAAAAGCGAAUUCGAGCCCUGAAGAAAGCCAACAAGGAGAAAGAGCUGAGGAAACAGAGGGUGAAGGAGCUGGCAAAGGCCAAGCUGGACAUGGCAGUCCUAAAACAGGAGCAUCAGCGGCUCUUCAACAAGCUGCAGCAGUACUCCAUCUUCAACAAGUACCUGGAGAAGGUGGUCGAGAUGUCAGAGUUUGAGGAGAUACGGGAAGUCAUUGGCCGGUACAAGACGCUGGUGGGCAUGCACCAGGAUCUCAUGCAGUCGGCACAGGAGGGGCUGGAGAUGAUUGAGCAGGCGAAGGUGCGCCUGUCGCACUACACGGAGGAGAAGGACGACGAGAUCCUGCAGCACAACAACGAGCUGGCGCGCCUGCAGAUGCGCUUCGACCACGCCCGCAGCGAUGUCAUCGUCUGGGAGUCUCGCUGGGCCCACAUCCAGAACACAGCUGCCAAGAAAACCCUCAUGCUGGGCACCAUCAAGAUGGCCACCCUGAACCUUUUCCAGAGUGUGAGCAAGCAACUGAAGGAGACCUUGAGCGUGCCUGUGGAGGACACCCACAAGCAGCUGGACAUGAUCCAGCAGUUCAUCCAGGACCUCUCCGACAUCUGGGCGGAGGUGAAAAAGAAGGACACCCAAAGCCGAUCAAUGAUAGUUGUGGUCAAGGACGUAUAA